CCUGUGGCUGUCUUCCUGGGUGUCCCCUUUGCCAAGCCUCCUCGUGGAUCCCUGAGGUUUGCUCCUCCACAGCCUGCAGAGCCCUGGAGCUUUGUGAAGAAUGCCACCUCCUACCCUCCUAUGUGCUCCCAAGAUGCAGAGAGAGGGCAGAUGGUCAAUGACCUCCUAACCAACAGAAAGGAGCGCAUUCCUCUUCAGUUUUCUGAAGACUGUCUCUACCUCAAUAUUUACACCCCUGCUGACUUGACAAGGAGCAGCAGGCUGCCGGUGAUGGUGUGGAUUCAUGGAGGAGGACUGAUAGUGGGUGGAGCAUCCACCUAUGAUGGACUGGCCCUCUCUGCACAUGAAAAUCUGGUGGUGGUGGCCAUUCAGUAUCGCCUGGGCAUCUGGGGAUUCCUCAGCACAGGGGAUGAACACAGCCGGGGGAACUGGGGUCACUUGGACCAGGUGGCUGCACUGCACUGGGUCCAGGACAACAUUGCCAAUUUUGGAGGGGACCCAGGUUCUGUGACCAUCUUUGGAGAGUCAGCAGGAAGUGAAAGUGUCUCUGUUCUUGUGUUGUCUCCUCUGGCCAAGAACCUCUUCCACAGAGCCAUUUCUGAGAGUGGUGUGGUCUUCACUUCCGGUUUAUUUAUGGAGAAUUCCACUUCACUGACUGAAAAAGUUGCUGCUAUUGCUGGGUGCAAAACCACCACAUCGGCUGUCAUUGUUCACUGCCUGCGCCAGAAGUCGGAGGACGAACUCUUGGAGGUCAUGCAAAAAGUGAACUUCUUUAAGCUUGAUUUGCAAGGAGACACCAAAAAGCACUACCCCUUUACGCCAACUGUGCUUGACGGAGUGCUGCUGCCCAAGGCCCCAGAAGAGAUUCUGGCUGAGAAGAGUGUCAACACUGUCCCUUUCUUAGUGGGGAUCAACAAGCAAGAAUUCGGCUGGCUGCUGCCAAAUCUAAUGGAAUUUCCACCUACUGACGUAAAACUGGACAAGAAGAUGGUCACAUCACUCCUGACGAAGUCUGCUUAUUUCUUUAACAUACCAGAGGACAGGAUUCCAGCUGCCAUGAAGAAGUAUUCAAUAGACACAGAUGACCCAGUCAGAAACAGAGCCAUGCUCCAAGAGUUGAUUGGGGAUGUGAUGUUUGGGGUACCAUCUGUGAUUGUGUCUCGUGGCCACAGAGAAGGUGCCUCAGAAGAGGAGACCAACCUUAGCAAGAUGGUGAUGAAAUUCUGGGCCAACUUUGCUCGGAAUGGGAACCCCAAUGGGAAGGGGCUGCCCUAUUGGCCAGAGUAUGACCAGAAGGAAGGGUACCUGCAGAUUGGAGCCACCACCCAGCCAGCCCGGAGACUGAAAGAUAAGGAAGUGGCUUUCUGGACUAAGCUUAGGUCCAAGAAGCCAUCACAGAAAGUACAUACUGAGAUAUGAAUAGGAAGCUCUUCCAGUCUCAGGAGACUAGAAAAGUCAAGAUAAAGCUACUCCAUAGAAGAUGUUUCUUGGCCAGUGAUGAAUCUUUGAGAAGACUGGAGAAUUUUGUUAUAUGGGGAUGGGCUGGGGACAGGGGGAGAAUGGUUGUACCUGAGGCCUCAAUUUGGAGAAUAAA